GAGUAACAGGCAGGAAGAAAGCUUUCUGUACUACACCAGAGGGUUGGGGCUGUGGAUUUAGCUACUCUCACCUGAGGCUACUGAGCAAGCUGUCAUGCACCAUGAGACAAAGCCCAAGCUGUCCCACCGGGCAGUAAGUGUGGAGAGGUUCAGGCACAUGGCAUAGCUGCUCUUUCGCACAAUUUUCACUACACCAGUGGUGACAAAAUAGAAGAGGUUCAUCCAUACACAGAACCUGGUGAAGAGCUGGAGGCAGAAAGAAGUGUCUAUGUGGAGACGCAACUGAAACAAAGGUGGCACAGCAACUGUUCCAAUCCCGUGUCUUUCCUCAUGGCUUCCCAGGAGUUUGAGGUUGAAGCUAUUGUUGACAAAAGACAGGAUAAAAAGGGGAAUACACAGUAUUUGGUUCGGUGGAAAGGUUAUGACAAACAGGAUGACACUUGGGAACCAGAGCAGCACCUCAUAAAGUGUGAAAAAUGUGUACAUGAUUUUAAUAGACGACAGGCUGAAAAACAGAAAAAACUGACAUGGACUACAACCAGUAGAAUUUUUUCAAACAAUGCCAGAAGAGGAACUUCCAGAUCUACAAAAGCAAACUAUUCUAAGAACUCUCCUAAAACGCUAGUGACUGAUAAACACCACAGGUCCAAAAACCGCAAGUUAUUUGCUGCCAGCAAGAACGUUAGGAGAAAGGCAGCUUCAAUUCUCUCCGACACAAAGAAUAUGGAGAUAAUAAAUUCAACUAUCGAGACCCUUGCACCUGACAGCCCCUUUGACCACAAGAAAACUGUGAGUGGCUUUCAGAAGCUUGAGAAUCUGGACCCUAUUGCAGCAGAUCAGCAGGACACGGUGGUCUUCAAGGUGACAGAAGGGAAACUCCUCCGGGACCCUUUGUCACGUCCUGGUGCAGAACAGACUGGAAUACAGAACAAGACUCAGAUACACCCACUAAUGUCGCAGAUGUCUGGCUCAGGUACUGCUUCCAUGGCCACAGGUUCAGCUACCCAAAAGGGUAUAGUGGUAUUAAUAGACCCAUUAGCAGCCAAUGGGACAACAGACAUGCAUACCUCAGUUCCAAGAGUGAAAGGUGGGCAAAGAAAUAUGACUGAUGACAGCAGAGACCAGCCUUUUAUCAAGAAGAUGCACUUCACCAUAAGGCUAACAGAAAGUGCCAGCACAUACAGAGACAUUGUAGUGAAGAAAGAGGAUGGAUUCACCCAGAUAGUGCUAUCAACUAGAUCGACAGAAAAAAAUGCACUGAAUACAGAAGUAAUUAAAGAAAUGGUUAAUGCUCUGAAUAGCGCUGCUGCAGAUGACAGCAAGCUCGUGCUGUUCAGUGCAGCUGGAAGUGUCUUUUGCUGCGGUCUUGAUUUUGGGUACUUUGUGAAGCACUUAAGGAAUGACAGAAACAGAGCAAGCCUUGAAAUGGUGGACACCAUCAAGAACUUUGUGAAAACUUUUAUUCAAUUUAAAAAGCCUAUUGUUGUAUCAGUCAAUGGCCCUGCCAUUGGACUAGGUGCAUCCAUCCUGCCUCUUUGUGAUCUCGUGUGGGCUAAUGAAAAGGCUUGGUUCCAAACCCCUUAUAUGACCUUUGGACAGAGUCCAGAUGGCUGUUCUUCUAUUACAUUCCCCAAAAUGAUGGGUAAAGCAUCUGCCAAUGAAAUGUUAAUUGCUGGGCGAAAGCUGACAGCACGGGAGGCAUGCACCAAAGGCCUGGUCUCUCAGGUAUUUUUGACUGGAACUUUCACCCAAGAGGUUACGAUUCAAAUUAAGGAGCUUGCCUCAUACAAUCCAAUUGUACUGGAAGAAUGUAAGGCCCUGGUUCGCUGUAAUAUUAAGCUGGAGUUGGAACAGGCCAAUGAGAGAGAGUGUGAGGUGCUGAGGAAGAUCUGGAGCUCAGCCCAAGGGAUAGAAUCCAUGUUAAAGUAUGUUGAAAAUAAAAUUGAUGAGUUUUAAUUGUCAGUCUGUCUGCUCAGGACACAAGAACUAAGGGGCACCAAAUGCAUCAUGAGUUGCAAGAUGCCCUAGUCCAUCUUCAUAGCCCAAAACAAUUUCACACAUAGCUAAGGCUUGGAAACAGAACUGGAAAUGUCCAAGCUAUGUAUUUAAAUUAUCACAUCAUUUUUAAGCACUGUAGCUUUACAAGGAGUAACAAAACAGCUUCUUUGCCCAAAUGUGAUUAUUUUAUGCACACCUAAGCCCAAAUAUAAAAACAGACU